AUGAUGCUUGCUGCUGCUGCACUCUCAAUUGCAUCCCCAGGCGGUAAGAAAGCUCCCGUUUCAUUUCGAACCGCAAUCGGUCGCAAAUCACUAGAACGCGAUGCGCUGGAUGCGAUCAUGAUGAUGAAAGGCUGCGAAAAAUCUAUUUCCCCACCGUCGUUUACUAGUUCAUCUACGAUUGUCGGCACUUCCCCGGUAUUGGGUGAUUCAACACCACAUAAACGCUCGUUUCAGGCUUUGGAUGUGUUAGUGAACGCGGUUGGUUUUCAUCGAGAACCAAAUGACCAAAUGAAGCAGACGAAGAUGUGUCCAUCCCAACUUGCAAAACGUCGCGCUCGUCGUAAGAAACUACGGGAAGAGCGCAAAUCUCGCCUAGGUCCCUGGACAAAAAAAGAAGACAGAGCUUUAGACAACGCAGUGAAAAGCGUUAACAAGCUUCCUUCAUUUUCGUGGACGCAAGUGUCGAAACUUGUACCUCAUAGAGACAAUGAGCAGUGUCGUAAUCGGUGGCGCUACCACGUUAAUCCGGAACUAUGCAAUGAUCCCUUUACUCCAGAGGAAUGGCGAUUUUUCUUGGAAUACCAGCGUCAGUACGGAAAUCGGUGGACAGAAUUGGGUCAGAAGAUGAAAGGACGUUCACGAACGUUCAUCGGAAACCAGUGGCAGGCUGCGAAACGGACAAUCAUAAGUGCCCUCAAAGCGCGACGCAAGGCAAACAUGCCAAUUGUAGACGAAGAUGGUUCUGUUGACUAUCAGUCCGACUUCGAUUUUUGCCUCCAGUCGGUCAUUGAGCGAUACAGCAAAGACGGUUCUCCAAAGAAAAACUUCUCCGACAACGAGGACAACAGUGACGGGGACACGUCUACCACAGAAUCUCUUUCGGAUACAGGAGAAAGAGAAGUCUCAUUAAAAGUCAAGACGAAGCGAUCUGGCGCAGAAACUGUGAUCAAACAAGGCUGGCGAAAGUCUGGGAGUUCAGAGUAUACUGCAACAAGCGAUAAAACAGGAGCUCAAAUUCAAGAAUCUUCCGCUUGGACAAAAGUAGAAGAUUCAUACUUGGCACAAAUGGCACCUGGAGUCGGUGAUAAUCCAGCUAAAUGGUCCGACAUAGCGCGACGUUUCUCACGUCGCAGUGGAAGAGAGUGCCGCGAUCGUUGGAUGCAACAUCUCUCGGAUUUAUCUGUAGAUAGGAUGUCUUCGACUGUACCAUUUGAAAUGCGCCCGUACACUGCCGCUACGCGACAGGGUAUGGCACCCAAAGAGAAUGGAUUUCACAGUCAAGACUACAAAUGGGAUGGCGAGACGACGUCGAAUCGUUGGGCUAGUCUCAAGCGCCUUGUUGUUGGUCAACCAGUAUCCAACAAACGAAUAAAACUGGAUCUCCCAAAGGGGAAUUGGUCAGCCCCCCUUCCGUACCAACUAAAAAACGCACAAACAUCUUACGUCCCCAUGGCCCCUCGUCAGCAUCGCGACAACGUUUGGCUCCCUGAGUCAAAGCCGGAUUGCGUAAUUAACAAUUCAGAAGUGUCCAGGACUAGUAAGCAGGGUAGCACAUUCCGUGCGGCUCUCGAUACAAGAACUGUCAAGGUGCUGGAGUCGGAGCCGGAGCCCCGCCAUUCAGAAAUUGAUUCCAUGAUUUAUAACCGGCGCUUACCGAAACCUUGGACAUCGGACGAAGACGAAGUACUUCGUGAAAGUAUGAAUGUCUUCAAAGAUGAGGAGCAUUGCAUGCAAAAAGUUGCUGAACGCCUCCCUAGUCGUUGUCCAAAGCAAUGCCAACAAAGAUGGGUUUGUCAUUUACAGCCUGGAUUAAAUAAAGACCCACUGAGCAAAGAAGAAAUCCGUACGCUUUUGGAAUGGCAACGCAAAUUGGGUAACAAAUGGACUUUAAUAGGUCAAGCCCUUGACAAUAGACCGAAAAAUUUUAUUGCCAAUCGCUGGUAUCAUCGAAUCCGACCUUCACUUUUUCGAUACAUUACAGAGAAACACGGAAUUUCUCAUUCUCAGAUUCAGAAUAAAGAUGGAUCAAUUGAUUAUCAUGGUGAUUUUGAGGGUGCUGUAGAAUUUGUCGUCAAAGACUUGCUCUUUGGAACUCGAAUCGGGAGUCACCCAGGAAAGCUAUAA